AUGCCUCCGCCGUACUCGCCUCCAGACCCUUCUCAGAUGAGUACACGUCCAGUCCCUUCUCGGAUGAGUGCUAUUAUGGUCGGUGUCACAGACACUAUUACCUUGUCAUUUAAUCCUGUUGUUGAGUCAUACCGAUUCUUGAAACCAGUCGUUGGUAAACUUUUUCGACCUCGACUCCAGGAGGGCUAUAGCCGGAUCGAAUGGAAAUGUAGCUGUGGCGAUAAAUUGUACGGUGACUAUCUCGAGCGAAACCCAGGAUCCUUGCGAUCUCUUGCAGCCGAGCUGGGUGGUCGCAUAAUUAGUGGCCCGGCUCUCAAUCAGGCGCCUGCCAAUGCACCAAUUCCAUCGCCGCAGACCCCUGCAGCAGUUUACCUGAAAGGUGCUCCUGGUGGGCCAUCACCGAGCGGCUCAAUUGGAGGCCCUGCGAACAUCCCAAAAGAUGGACAGGGCCCUACAGCCACGGGUGGACAGAAAGCGUUUGUAGUGCACCAGCACGGCACAGGACCGAAGUGGUUGGAGUUGUGUAUACCUUCCACCACAGGCAUCUCUUCACUUGUCGAGAUUGACACCUCUGGAAAUUGUACGGACAAAAUGCUUUUCGAUGCUAUCAGAGCCCAGUACCGCGAGAACAAGCGUAUCUUGGAACGGCGUAUGCGCAGUGAAGAAGAGGCAACGCAGUAUCACUACAGCUUCGACCCCAUUCCAAUGGAUAAGCAACCUAUUGAUCCUGGCACAUUCCGCCAUUAA